AAUGGGAAACAGUGGAGGGAUUGGCAGAGAGGGGUGGAGGACACUGAGUGGAGGCCAGUGGAGGGAUUGGCAGCGAGGGGUGGAGGGCACUGAGUGGAGGCCAGUGAGGGCUUGGCAGAGAGGGUUGGAGGACAUUGAGUGGAGGCCAGUGGAGGGAUUGGCAGAGAGGGAUGGAGGACACUGAGUGGAGGGCAGUGGAGGGAUUGGCAGAGAGGGAUGGAGGACACUGAGUGGAGGGCAGUGGAGGGAUUGGCAGAGAGGGUUGGAGGACAUUGAGUUGAGGCCAGUAGAGGGAUUGGCAGAGAGGGGUGCAGAUACAGAACGGUUAACUGAAGAGGGGAUAGCCUGCGAUUAGGUCGGCCAAUGAGUUGGG